AUGGGUUACAAGCAAAUUUUCUCGGAAUCAACAAUCGCCAGAUAUGUUCGUACAACCCGGGCGACGCCCAGGGAGCUGAUUUACAACCCCCGACUGCUCCUUUCUGUGGCCCUAUAUGCAUGUGCUGGCAUUCCCCUGAGAGGAUUAUCAGCUUGGGAUCAAGGAUCAUCGUCGGUAGUGGCGUCGCUGCCAGGAUUCCAGCAGCAUUUUGGAAUUAGUUCUGGUGCAAAUGCAAGCCAAAUAUCCAAGUUGGUGUCCCUGGUAUACAUUGGAUGCGGUGUGGGCGCAGGACUGUCUUUUUUCAUUAAUGACCGUGUCGGUCGGCUCUGGUCACUGCGCCUCUACAUGCUCAUUUGGAUUGCCGGUCAGCUGGUGGCCACCUUGGCCCCAAAUAUCGGCAUGCUAUAUGCCGCACGAGUCAUUAGUGGAUUGGGAAUUGGGCCUCUCACUGUGACAGGCACCAAUUCCAUUGUCGAGAUUGCGCCUACCGAGAUCCGUGGACUCCUCGCAACAUGGUUCAGUGUGGCCAUGCUCCUUGCUCUGUGGGUCUCAAUCUUUUGUGUUUACGGCGUGUACCAGACAAUGGAGGUAGGCCGCUUGCAAUAUCAGGUUGUCUGGUUCGGGCCUUGCAUCUUCAUCUGUUUCUGCAUUAUCGCUAGUUUCUUCCUGAGCGAAUCACCUCGCUGGCUCUUCCUCGUCAACAAGCAAGAGAAGGCUGUCGAAACACUGGUACGUCUGCGUGGAUUACCAGCUGAACAUCCUCGAGUACGAAUAGAACUUCAGGAGAUCCAACAGAGCAUUGCUAAGGAACGAAGCGAGGAGAGCGGUAUGCCUGGAAUGCUUGAGAUUGCCCGCGAGACCUUUUUCGUCCCAGCAAACCUACGCCGUCUUACGCAAGCACUCAUCGUAUUUGCCCUUGCACAACUAUCCGGCGCAAAUUCAAUCAGUUCUUAUUUCGUACCGAUCCUGACUCUUGUCGGAGCUAGCGAUGAUACCACGCACAGUCUUUUUCUAAGUGGCAUGUACAGCUUGGCAAAAUUCUUCUUCACACUGAUUGCCUCGUUUCUCAUCAUUGAUGCAUUGGGGCGUCGGAAGUCAGCAUUUAUCGGAAUCACCAUUCAGGUCAUCACCGAUUUGUAUAUUGGCAUCUUCAUAAAGUACCGCCAAGAGGGCCCCGUCUCUACCAACGCCGCUCAGGGUGCUAUCGUAGCCAUUUUUUUCCACGGUUUCGGAUACGCCAUUGGUCUUUUAAUCCUUCCCUACAUUUUUGGCGGCGAGCUAUGGCCUAACCAAAUUCGGUCCUUUGGCAGCGCAUUUUGUCAAAUGUUCCACUGGCUUUUUUUCUACGGCGUCAAUUCAGGGACUCCCUCGUUGCUGGCUAAUACGGAUAAUUGGGGCGCUUUUGUCUUUUUUGCUGCCUUCAACUGUAUCGCACUUGCUUAUGUGUUCUUUAUGGUUCCUGAGAUUGCCGGCCUGGGUAUUGAAGAGAUCGAUAGCUUGUUCCGCGGGCCGUGGUUCAACGCCUACAAGCGUUCCCAGGAGCCGAGUUUGCUGACCGGCAUUGAUACAUCUGAUAAAGCACAGUAA